UCAGUUUUUUGGUUGAAAGCGUUGCAAGCAUCAACGGAUUUGUUAAAGGCCCGUUUUGCAGGUUGGAAAUGUGAAUUACGGCACGGAAUAGGCAGAGGGUGUCUGAGAAUAAUUUUAUAAGAUGUAACGAAUAAUAUCGCAGGGUAUCGAAAAAUGGAUCCGAAUCAGCUGAACAGUUAACGUUAAUGUACUUUUAAUUGCAAGUUGUGUGAAUUUCACAGUGGCUAUUUGUCACCUAAGAAUUUCAAAUUAUGGAUUUUGAACGGUAGCUAGCCAGCUACUAAUUUUACGUUGUUUUUGAAGAAAAUUUAUUCAUUUAUCAUGGUGCGAGGAAGAAGAAAAUGUGCCAAGGGUCGACUGAAGCCAGUGACUGAGGCCCCAGAAGAUGUGUCAUGUGGUGCCCCUAAAAAGAAGGACUCAAAACUGUCAAAAGAAUUUCAGGGUAGACUUUCCCAUGCAAGUCCUCAAAGCAAAACCCCACUAAUCACAAAGUUUUUCUCACCACGAGAAUGUGCUGAUGUUGUGCCAGACAACAAGUCUCAAUUGAUUGAAAAUGUUGAAAAGGACACAUUUAACAUUUCCAUUGCUAGAUCUUCACCUAAAAAGGAAAGUGACAAGCCUUCAGAACCCACCAUUGCUAAUGAUGUUGAGAAGAACUCUGUACUGCACUCAUUUAGCUGCAGCCCUCACAAGAUACAGUUGUGUGCAGAUGUCGCACGUCUGUCUCCUUCAAGUGCUCUCUCUCAACUCCGCAUUUCAUUGUCACCAAAAAGAGCUGUAAAAUCUCGGCGAAAGCUGAACCCAAGUCAGACUGUCAACCAGCAGCUGGCUCCAAAGACUGUCCCAAAGCCCGUGUGUUGCAACAGUGCUUCUGCUGCACCACCUACCAAAGUAUCUGGCAACCACAAGUUGACUGAAUACUUCCCAGUACGGCGUAGCGUACGCAAGACCAAGACAACAGUGCUGGAGGAGCAACAGCGCGAUCUGGAGGAAGCAAUCUUGUCUCGGAGGGAGGAUGGACUUGAGGUUGUCCACAACUUUGAGGGAAAGGGGCGUGGCAUUGUGACAACAAGGCAUUUCUCUAAGGGGGAAUUUGUGGUUGAGUAUGCAGGGGAGUUGAUCGACAUGUGUGAAGCAAAAGAACGUGAAAAGAACUAUUCCCAGGACCAGAACACAGGUUGCUACAUGUAUUACUUCAAGUACCGAAACAACCAGUACUGUGUGGAUGCCACAGCAGAAUCUGGUCGCCUUGGACGGUUGGUGAACCAUAGUAGAAGUGGCAACCUCAUCACAAAGACAGUAUGCAUUGUGAACAAACCCCAUCUGGUGCUAAUUGCAAAGGAGGACAUCCCCCCAGGUGAGGAAGUGAUGUAUGACUAUGGGGAUCGCAGCAAGGAAUCGAUACGCUACCACCCUUGGCUUGCAGCAUAAAACCUGUGAUAAUACUCUUGGUAUUGAACUUGCUGUUGUGUUUCAUGAUAUUGACAGUGCUUUCAAGUAAUGUGAUGUGCAACCAAGUGACUGAGCACAUCUGCGCGCUGUAUUUUUCAGCAUCUGGCGGUCAUUUGUUAAAUGAUACGUGAGACUAAUCCAGACAGGGCAUGAAAUCUGGACCACAGAGCGUUCAAUUUGUGCUCGGUAAAUGUUGGAAUUUCUUGUGAAAUUUUGUGUUUGAGAAUUGACUGAGAAACUGUAGAAUUCAAGUUGAUACAAGAUAGAUUUUUGUGGGAGUUGGUACCACUGCCUGUAUUAAUGAAAUGACAAUUUUAUGACUGUAUUAUAUAAAUCUUCUGUUUUGCAAUAGGUUUAGAAAAUGCAGUUUGAUACAUUGUCAAGACAAAGAUCUCUGAUGAUGCAUUUGUUGGUGAAAUAUAUUCUGAAGCAUUAGGAUUUGCCAGAGUUGUGUAUUUAUUAUAUGUAUAUAUGUCCAUUUUAUACACCAGUUAGUUUGACCUGUACAAAUAGCUGUUAGAGCAGUGAAACUGCCAUCUCCAUUGGCUCACUUGGGUGGUUUUUGGUGCAAAUAAUUUUUAUAGACCUAUAUGGACAUGGUGAUAGCAGGUUUGUUCAUUUGAGAUGGAUCUCAGAUGUACUCAUGUCAGUAGCUAAGUCCAACUGUACUGAGGCCAUGGAUUUGUCCCAUCUGUGUGUCGUACAAGCUUCCAUGCUUACUUUCCUCUGUUUGUCUUCAGUCAUCUGUCCAUUCUGUUCACAUAAUCAUUGCUCAUGCAAGUGCUUCAGACUGAAUGACGGAUCAGAGAUGGCUGAAAGGGGGUACAACAGUAGGCAAGAAAGAGAAAGCCUUGAGAAUCAUCUCCCGCUGUGCAUGGCACUUGUUCAGUAUAAACUGGAACAUUCAUUUGAUGUUCCUUAAUUUGAAGUCUUCCCUUAUUUAUAGUUUAAUUUUAAUUAUCCCAACUCAACAGUCUCUGUUAAAUUUCCUCCAUUUAAGAUUUUUCUCAAUGUACUAUUGAAAUUAUGUGUUAGCAGUCUGCAGACUUUCUGAUCCAAAAUAAAUUGCAUUGGAGAGGCCUGACAGGAGAUAAUGGCACAUGUAUACCAAUAAGAGUUUGUGGUAUAUUAGAUUUACCAGAGUAAAGUGCAGCUGUACAAGAGAAAGCGUUUGUGUCGGUUUCUGUAUGAAGUUUUUCACGGUGUUUUUCGGUUCAUGAUGCCAGGCAGUCUUCGUUCAAUUUAUGGUAUAUAAACAAUUUUGUUUUAUUUACAUUUCCUGUCUUUUGGCAUAAACAGUGUGAAUAACAUUAUUAUUAUUUUGUAUCAGAGUCUGAAGACUGAAGAUCAUUUAUGAAAGACCUAAGGUUCUCAUUGCAGUGAACAUGAAGAUUACUAUUGUCUUGUGAAAUAUGAUGCUGUAUAGUGUUAAGACUUACCAAAGUUUCGGAGGAACCUGCUUCCACUGUCAUCAGGAUACACAAGAGUGUAAACUGUAAUUUCAGCCAGCCUAAUUCUGUGCUGUACGGGAAUGGGUAUUGUAACAGUCACUAGUGUUAAUAUAAUGUCUCAAUUUACAUUCGUGUCUUGGGGUCACCAUGUCCAUGUAAGUGACAAGUAGCACACAGGUUUUAGCACACCUGUACAUGACACAAACAAUAGUCUUAAUUUAAUUUACAUCAGUAUGCAAUGGGGCAGCUGCACUAGUAUUGACUCAUUUUAUACAAAUUUUGUAAUGUCCAUAUAUAAUAUAUGAUUUCUCCCCAUCUUUGUAUAAUGUUUUGUAGACUGCAGUGAAUAAACUCAAAAGACUUCCUGUUGGAAGGAGACUUGGAAAGUAACUUUA